AUGGAGGACUGCGUAUAUAUGAUACAAGCUGCCCCUCCUGGAUUGGAGACGGCAACACCACUGGUUCUCAUCCACGACGGCGGGGGAACUACCGUAUCGUAUUGCUAUCUGAAUUCCCUAGACCGAGCCGUAUAUGGCAUACAGAAUCCGCGACUUUAUUCCGGCCAACCCUGGGAACAUGGCCUUCCGGAAAUGGCCAGGAUAUAUGCUGAUUUGAUCCUCUCGGUUGUGCCAUCGGGACGGCUUUUACUUGGUGGCUGGUCGCUAGGUGGGAUCUUGUCCCUAGAGGUGGCCAAUAUCCUGCUGAGGACUUCCUCCUUAAGCAUUGUCGGGAUGGUCAUGGUUGACUCUAUUUAUCCACUCGCGGCUUUUGAAGAGAAAGCGAACCUAGUUGGGUCCCAGCCAGUGUUUAGCAAAGGCACCCAGCCCGAAACCCGCAAACUUGUUUCGCAGUGCAUAAAGUUGGCUCAACCUAUGGCUUACAACUGGAUUCCACCAAUCUGGAGGGAAUGUACCGAUUCUGAAUUGGCCCUCCGAAGGACUGAGCUCGAGAAAAAACUCCUCUUGAUCGAACCGAAGCUGUCGCGCAACGCUGGGAAUCACAAACAUAACCUUCCGUCUAUCCCCAAGACUAUUCUUCUCCGCUGUGAUGACUACGUGCCGGUUUCAAGACCAGACAUGCCGGAUGCCGUUUGUAGGGUUGAUGUUGUGCGUGAAUUUCCGGCUCUGGGCUGGGAGAAGUAUCUCAAUGAUUUCGCGCCAGUUGUUUGGAGUAUACCGGGUCAUCACUUCAACAUAUUCACCGACGACCACAUUGAUGCCGUUUCAAGUCGAAUCAAACAGGCAUGCAAAAUGCUCGAACGCGGGAGCCUGUGA